AUGGCGCUUCCUGAGCCGUUGGAUCUCGGCUUCGUGGUCCUGACCCCGCAACAGCGCGAGGGCGGUGAUCUCGCUGAGUUGGUUUUAAAGGCGAAAGAUGCUGAGUUGACCGAUCAGGGCGUGACCCAGAUGACGGAUUACAUUGAUCGCUUCCUCGGAUACGAGGGUGUACAAAAUGGCUUCUCCAUCGUGUACGAUAUGCGCUUCCUCCGAGUGCCCUCCAUGAAGAUCGUCAUGCGCUUAGCAGAGUGGGGGCGCGACCCAGCCCGCACUGAAACUUUCCAGCGCAUGAACAAAGCCUGCAAAGUUGUUGUCACCGAGGGCCUUCGCACCCGCCUUGCAAAGGGGAUCCUGACAACGUUUUUCUUCGUGUGCCCUCCAGUCUGUGAUACAUACCUGUUGACAGCGGCAGACCAGCCGGAGUCGGAGGGAGUGUAUUUUGCACCACCGUCCCAGAAGACGGACGAGCCCGAGGAUCCCGAUGCCGAGGAAGAUGAGAACAUCCAGGGAGGCACUUGA